UGUUGAGAUAUUCAGGAAAAUAUCCCAAGAAUUAUCCUGUUAAGCCUAAUGUUAUCCUUGGACAUGAAAUGGUAUCAUCUUAUUGGUGAAUAUUUGUUUAACGUGUCAUUUUCCUACUGGCCAUUAUUGUACAAUGUUAUUUUCUAUUUUAUGGGACGUUGUGGUCUGCUUGACUGGUAUAUAAACAAAGUAUGUUUGAAAUACAAUGAUUCAUAUCUCCGAGGCUGUCAUUUGUGUUCUGGACUCAACUGGCUGGGUUAGAUAGGGAGGCGAGACCAAUCAGAACCCUAGGUCGUUCUACGUGUUUGUGCGUCUUUGGUCCGAUCAAUAAUUCCCUACCCUUAAUCCGCAGCAUCAUUUUCAAGUUAUAACAAUUGGCGACGGGGUGAAGAAAAGAUACAGUCCAAAGUCAUUCUGUAAUUGGACGAAAUCCAGUCUAAUUAUUCAACCAAUCAGUAUCCAAAUUGUCAUCAGUGUCCUUGAACCACAUUGGUCAUUAGUCAUACAGUAAUUUUCAUCACAGGUGCUGAUUCGAAAAAAUGACUCUCCCUUCCGAUCGAUUACAGCUGCUCUUUGAACGACAUUUGGACUUAUUAGUCAAAUUCCGCACGCAGCUGCUAAAUCACUCAUGCUAUGAAGACGCGACGGAAGUGGAUGGAUUGAUAUCUCAAAUACACAGUGAGCUGGAAAAUGACAGCAACCUCCAUGAAUCCUCGAUGAACUGUACUUCAAACGAAACAGUCAUCCAUGAUGCGCCCAGUGGUCCAGUACUUUCUAUUCCAGAAACAUGCCCGGUAAUGGAGUCUAACUCUAUCAUCCCCGAAACAGCAUGUGCAGACAGUAACAUAUCCAGCUCACGAGAAGAUCUCAUUGUUUUGCCAGAAAAUGUGUUCCACGCAUCAAAUAAUAACCAAGAACCUGGCACAGUUUUGUUGGACGCCGAUUAUCAUAAUGAUCCACUACUUACUAAAGAUUUAAACCCUGAUGACUUCGAAUUGGAUGGCGUUUAUCCUCAAUAUCUGAUCGAUUUUACUGGAUUCCCUGUGCAAUAUGUUUUAAAUACAAUCAAAUUUAUUGUAAUUUGGGUUUAUGAAGACCCAACAUUAUUUCGCGGGGGAGGAUGGACGCGGAAAAAAAUUUAAAAUCCGGACAUCAACUCCGGAUCUCCAAAAAAGGGAGGUGUUGGGAUAUUCAGGAAAAUAUCCCAAGAAUUAUCCUGUUAAGCCUAAUGUUAUCCUUGGACAUGAAAUGGUAUCAUCUUAUUGGUGAAUAUUUGUUUAACGUGUCAUUUUCCUACUGGCCAUUAUUGUACAAUGUUAUUUUCUAUUUUAUGGGACGUUGUGGUCUGCUUUACUGGUAUAUAAACAAAGUAUGUUUGAAAUACAAUGAUUCAUAUCUCCGAGGCUGUGACUUGUGUUCUGGACUCAACUGGCUGGGUUAGAUAGGGAAGCGAGACCAAUCAGAACCCUAGGUCGUUCUACGUGUUUGUGCGUCUUUGGUCCGAUCAAUAAUUCGCUACCCUUAAUCAGCAGCAUAAUUUUCACGUUAUAACACUUACUUACUUACUUACUUACUUACUUACUUACUUACUUAGCGACCACGUCCUGUAGAAAUCUAACUCGCUAAUGAACGCUAACCAGAAAAAAUUAAUUAAUUCCAUUCAUUUGUAAACAGAGUUUGAAUUCCAUCUCUAUGGUCAUCUAAAUGAUCUGUUGUGUUCGAGAGUUGCUACUGAUGAAAUCGGAAGAUAUUUCUGAGCUGCUUGCACAACCGAGAACACAGUCACAUGAAAUCUCGACAAAAACAAAUGUGCAAGUCAGUAGGAUAUUCAUAAUGAAAAGACCACUACAGUUAUGCUUACAUUGUCAGAAAUUCACAACAAACCGGUUCGCCUCAAUUAAGAAUAUUUCACUAAACAUUGUGGACACACGUGAAUGUGUGAAGCGAUUGACUGAUGAUUAGACAGUAUUUCUUUGACUUGGUUAGCUGGAAGUCCUAUUGCAUAUUAGGUUUUCUUCAUCGAACACCAUAUAACUUGAGAGCUGUCAUUCAAUCUGCUUCCUUCGAUAUUCGUGCAUAAUUUCAAAGUGUAAUUGCUAGGAAGAGGUCA